AUGGCCCGUAGGACAGUUUACGAUCAGGCGACCACCGGUUUCGCCGGUGGGAAUUCCCUCAUCACCCUUCCGAACAUCCCGAACGAUCGGUCCUGGCAGAUUCCAUCCUACAUUAUGACCGCCAUCACAAAUUCUUGCCAGUUCCAUGGUCGUGACGACGAGGAUGCCCCCGCUCACAUCAAUCGCAUCACUCAUCUCUGCAGCACCUUCUCUAUUGAGGGUGUCAAUCUUGAUGCUAGGUAUCUUCAGGUUUUCCCGUUCUCACUCGCUGGACGCGCAGCUGUCUGGUUCGAUUCCCAGCCCGCUGGCACCUUCACUACUUGGGCAGGUCUUCGCGAUGCAUUCUUAGCCAAGUAUUUUCCGCCAGCUAAGCAUGGUCUAUCCGAUUGGGCGUUAGUCGAGAAAUUAUACAAUGGUCUUACUCCUGAGAUUAGAGCUCGCUUCGAUACUUCAGCAGGAGGUCAGCUUAUAGGAAAGAAGACGGUGGCUGAGUGCAAUGAUUUGUUUGAGAGCUUUGCCCACUCUGAUAUGGACUACAGCACUACCAGCAGGACUUCCAUUCCUGUGCGUACCACCUCGGCCUGUCGAGGGGUAAACCAAGUUAUCUUGGAUCCAUCGGUAGCUGUUGUAGUCGAGAAUUUGAGGCAGGAGUUGAGGCAGGAGAUGAGGCAGGAGUUGAGCGAGAUAAAGAAGAAAGUUGAUAGGUGUGAGGUUUGUCGAGGAGGUCAUGAUACUAUCGAUUGUCCUACCCUUACUCUCGAGCAGGUGGAGUACAUAACAGGUCAGUCUAGGGGUCCCACGAAUCCGUUCAAUAAUUCCAACUCCAGCUGGCGCGGUAAUGGUAAUGCGAGUGGUUAUCGUUCGUCUGGAAAUCCUCCUGGAUUUCCAUCUGGUCAGUAUCAGAGUAGAGGGCCCGGUAUUUACACGAGUUCUGGUUCAGGGCAGUUUAGUGGGUCAGGUUCGAGUGGGCAGUUUGCUAGUGGAGGAUCGACUCAGGAGAGUCAAGGUAGUGGAAAGGCUCCUGAGGGUAGUCUGAGCAGGUUGGAGGAGAUGUUCGCUCAGAUGAUGACGCAGAAUCAGGCGUUCGUUAAAAGUCAGGAGCAGACUAAUAAAAAUCACGAACUCCAGCUCAAGAGUCAGCAGGCCGCUCUUCUUGAUCUUCAGAGAACAGUAUGUGGGCUUGCUAAGAAGUUGCAGGAACAUCCACCGGGUCAGUUUUCGGGAAACACUGUCACGAAUCCCGCGAAUCAUUCAGCUAAGGCUAUUACGACCCGCAGUGGAAAGAGCUUGGGAGAGGUUGUGAGAGAGAGAGAGUUGAGGAGGAGGAGGAAGAGGAUGAAGUCGAUGAGGAGAUCGAGAUGGAGGCUCCAGGCAAGGUGCACACGAGGCUAG